AUGGGACCAAUAAAAAAUCGUCUUAGACAGGCUCACGAUACCCUGCACUACUUGCCAAAAAACAAGUCCUGGUUUUGCGGUGGUUACCGUAGCGCGGCCAUAGCUGCCGAAUUGAUAAAAACAGGAAAAAUCGUUGCCUUGCCCACUGACACUAUAUAUGGCCUAGCUGGUCUGGCGCAGAGUGAACAUUCGGUGGCAAGAUUGUACGAAAUCAAGGGGAGAGACACGGCCAAACCACUUGCCAUAUGCCUCUGUGACAUCCAGGACAUUGAAAAUUGGGCACACACCGAAGACUUACCCAAAGGACUGGUUGAGGAACUGCUACCUGGCCCAACGACGCUUGUCCUAAAACGCAAGGAUUCACUGAACCAUACACUGAAUCCAGGAAUUCAGAAUGUUGGCAUCCGAAUACCGCAUUACGAUUUUGUGCGCAGUAUUGUUAAAAUGGUCAAUCAGCCGUUGGCUCUCACGAGCGCCAACAAAAGUAAUACUAAGAGUUCCUUGCACCCCGGUGAAUUCGAGGAUCUGUGGCCCGAAGUUGAUGGUGUUUUUUAUGAAAAAAUGAACAUGAAUAACCUGAAGGGUUCUUGGAGAAAGGGAUCAACUGUAGUGGAUCUGUCGGUGGUAGGUGAAUUUAAAAUCCUAAGGAAGGGUAUUGGCUACUUGACCACUAGAAAAGUGUUGAGGACAUAUAACCUUAAGGAACAGUUUCUAGAAAAACAAGAAAAAAAACAAAAAGCUCAUAGUUGUACAGACAACAGCGAGUCGGAAGAUGAGAAAAAUGAAGCUAGAGCAUCAGCCUAA